UUGCCGUGCGAUUUCCUUGUGGUUCCUUCACUGCGCGGGUGGAAUCAGAGCUGAAACUGUGUGUUCCCACGCUGGUGUCAGUGGGCCAAUGCGCUUUCACAUGGCCUCAGAGCCGGGCCCUCGCAGCCAGGCGAUCUCGUUGACCAACGGGAACUUAAUGAUGGACAAUGUCCAGCACGGAGCACUCGUGCCUCGUCCAGGAUAUAUUCCUUCUCAAGAUCUCAUGUGUUCCCCGCUGAUGACUAUGCCUCCACAUGAUUCCAAGCUGGAUGCUUUAGUUUCGGUGGACUCAGACAGUAGCCUACAAGAUAGUGAUUUUGAUGGGGGUGGUGUUGCCGAAGCGGACACGACGGACACUUCCACCGAUCCAUCUUCAAAACGUCAGGACAAUAACACAGAUGAAUCUAACUCCACGAAAGGUAAAGGACAUUUAGUGAAACCCCCUUACUCCUACAUAGCAUUAAUCACAAUGGCUAUUUUACACUCUUCGGAGAAAAAACUCACCCUUAGCGGAAUAUGUGAAUUCAUAAAGGGAAGAUUCCCAUACUAUCGCGAGAAAUUUCCAGCAUGGCAGAAUUCCAUAAGGCAUAAUUUAAGCCUUAACGAUUGUUUUGUAAAAAUUGCCCGGGAGCCCGGUAAUCCUGGUAAAGGAAACUAUUGGACCCUCGAUCCCAUGUCAGAAGACAUGUUCGACAAUGGAAGUUUUCUGAGGCGACGCAAGCGAUACAAGCGCCAGCAAACUUACCCUCUUAAGGAUCCAUCUGCUUUCAUGGCUGCAACUCUGGACCCAUACCGACAUGGGCUCUUUGCCGGACAUCCCAACUUGGCUUUAGGAUAUCCGUACAUGCCACACAUGCCGCCGCCUGUGCCCCUUCUGACACCCCAGGACUUGGCAAGGGUCACUUUGCAUCCCAUAAACUUAGGAGCAAUGCCCAAUCCCAUGGUCACUCCUGUGUGUACUGGGCCACCGGCUAUUUUCGAAAACCCCAGUGACGUCACCUCAACCUCUACACAGUGCCCGAAGGCGAUGACUUCCAAACCGAGCUUUUCCAUCGACAGGAUAAUUGGCGAAUCCAAAUCUCCAGAUGUGAAACCGGAGAUGCUGACUUUGCGCCCUAGUGUCCCUCUUCUGUCCCGGUCGCCCCUGGAUACGGCGUUCGCCAGCUGUCCCGGUUCUACAUUGAACGCUUUUGAAAAGUACCGCCAGUACUUGCAAACGAUCAGUUCCAAUGCCAUGGAUGCCAAUGGAACGUGGUCACGAUGACCGCAAUUCCAUUCUCUAUCCCCACCUCAGUAGUGAUACCACAUAUAGAGAAAGCACAAAUGUGUUCUAGGCAGUGGGAAGAUCUUCAUUUUCUUGUUAUCAUCCAUAGAUUUCAUUCAAACUCCCAUCCCGUUUUUACCAAGUAUUCCAUUUCUAACUGUCAAUCCAGUAUGAAAACCAUUCCUUUAAUUUUCAUCGAAUCCUAACUCUUAUAUUGAAAUUAUGAAAGGAAUGAAAAAUAUAACAACGAACUCUUUAAAUCAGUUUGCAGCUAACUUUUUUAAAGGUCUC